AUGUACAUUGCUUGGGGUCUCAUGUUACCGUUUGGUGCUCUAUUGGGCCGUUACUAUCAGUGGAGCUGCAAGAAAUGGUUUGUAGCUCACGUUGUACUCCAGGUUUUAGGUACACUCUUCACUUUCAUUGGAUUCGUAUUAGUAUUCAUGGUCAGUUCCCAGCCAUCGUUCCCCCAUGGCGUGAUUGGUAUUGUAUUGAUGUUCUCAAUCAGUCAACAGUUCCUCACUGGAUUUAUUCGUCCAUGGCAUUGCAAGAAGUCAAAGGGACAAUUUCAAAAUGCUGACAGCUUUAGGUACAAAUGGAAACAGUGUUGGAGGAUAUAUCAUCAAGUCAGUGGUCUCAUCUCAAUAAUGCUGGGAUUCGUGCAGAUAACGCUGGGAGUGCUCUUGAUCAAUGGUCCUUCCUCUGUGUGGAUCAUUUGGUCUCUCUUGCUCUCAAUGUGGCUCCUUGUAUUCUUAGGCCACGAGAUUGCUCACUUCUCUUGCUCCAAGCUAUCCACAAAACACUCAAAGAUUCAAAAUAACUAA